UUUUGCUUUAUGAAGCGGUCGCACCAGCUCUUCGUCGCAUCGACCCUCGUCCUCGGCCUCUCGAUCGCCUACACCUCGUACACGUCGUCGAUGAAGCUCAGUGUCCUCCAAGCACGCAACGCCGGCGCCGCCUUUCCCGGGCUCCAGGCCAUGGUGGUUGGCGGCACGUCAGGCAUUGGCGAAGCGAUCGCUCGGCGCCUCGCGCAAGCCCAGUUUGACGUGGUCAUUGUCGGCCGCAACGCGGCGCGCGGCCAGGCGAUCGUCGAGGCCAUGCAAGCGUCGCACCCGACUGGCACGUACGCGUUCGUGCCGUUGGACGCGCAGUAUCUUCAGAACAUCCAUGGACUCUCGUCGCAGUUUCCGCGCCUCGACCGCCUCGUGCUCACGCAGGGUAUCGCGACGAUCCAAGGCCGCACCGAGACGAGCGAGGGCCUCGACCAGAAGCUGGCGCUGCACUACUACAGCCGCAUGGCGUUCGUCCAGGAGUUUUUGCCCGUGCUUCGCGCCUCGGGCCAUGCGCCGCGCGUCCUCUCGGUCCUCAGCGGCGGCGUGCACAAGCCGUACGCCAAGCUUUUCGACGACGUCGAGCUCAAAGAGAACUACUCGCUCCAGAACGCCGCCGACGCCGCCGGCUACUACAACGACCUCAUGCUCGACGCGUUUGCAGACGACGCCGCCAACAGCAACAUUGCCUUUGGCCACGCCGCGCCGGGCUUUGUCGCGACCAACUGGGGCACCGAGAUGCCGUGGGCAAUCCGCAUGGUGCUCAAGCCGCUGAAAACGUUUGCUAAGUCGUCGUCCGACUGCGGCGAGUACAUGUCGGACUUUUUGAUUUCGGAACAUGGACCCACGACCGGCUUCCACGUACUCGAUCAGUACGGAGAGGCGGGGAGCGUGACGAGCGCACACACGCCGGCGGCCAAGGCAUUCUUGAAGGACCACACGCUCGCGUUGCUCGAGCGCAUUUACGGGGCGUAAGGAGGUGUCGUCUUGACGAUAAUGAUGGAAACCUAUCUAUUUUCGA